AUGGAUUCAGCCAAACAUGGAAGCUCAGAAACUUCAAGCACGGAUGAUCAGCCAGGGAAAAUCAACAGUGAGAUUUCAGGCACAGGCAGCCGGUCCUACGACUGCAGCUUCUGUAAGCGCGGCUUCACCAACGCUCAAGCCCUGGGAGGGCACAUGAACAUACACAGGAAAGAUAAAGCCAAGCUGAAGCCUAAGGCCAAGCAUCAUGUCGCCGAUCAGUCGCCUGUGUUGACCAACAAAAUUAGUACUAAUAUUGAAGAGUGCGUGGCCUGUGUGUAUUUUGCACCAAAUUCAAGCCAACAGUUACAGUACUAUGCCGCUUUGGGAGCACAGAUGAACUAUCAAAUGCGCUUUCGGGCACCAAACCCUAGUUUCCCGCACGCAUACCAUACAGCUCAUUUGACUGCGGAUUCGGAGGAGUAUACGGGAGCUGAUUUGAGCUUGCAAAUUCGGGAAGACGGGAUGAAAGAAGAGAGGGAGAAGAAUAGGAAUGAAAAUGGAAAUGAAAUCGAUUUGGAGCUGCGGCUUGGUCACAACCCAUAG